AUGGAAAUAUUAAGAGAGUCAAUUAAAAUACAAGAGGAAAACAAAAUGAUGAAAAAGCUUGUUUUGUUAUAAGAAUAGAUUGGAUAUCCAUUAGAUACUUUAAUGAAUGAUGAAUUCAUUAAUAAAAUACCAGAAGGUAGUUUUGUUUGGUAAGGAAUUAUUUAUUAUAAUUUUGAGGACAAUUAUCUCUAAAAAGUUUGAAUUACUAACAGGAUAAAGAGUCAAUUAAAAUAUGAUUAUUUAAGAAGAAUUAUAUAAAAAUAUGACAUUUGGAAUGUUUGUAGAUGAAUGUUUUUAGGCUAUAUUGUAAUUCCAUUUAAUAAUUUCUGAUCUUAAAUUUAAUUUGCAUAUAAUUUAAGAUUCUAUUAGAAUGCUUAAAUAAUAAAGAUAAAUUUUAGAAAAUCAUUCAUAAAUAAAGUUUGAUUAACCAAAUAGAUUAUCAAUAUGUUACACGAGACAUAAAAGUUUGAAAACAGAGAUAUUCAAUCAUUAUUAGAUUAAAUAUAAGAUAAAUCUUAAUGGAUAAGAAUAAAAAUCAAUAUAUGCAAGAGGAGAUGAAUUAACAUGUUCUUUUCCAAUCUUAGAUGAAAGUUAAUCCUUAAUUUUAUCUAUUUGGGGUAAAAAGAAGAAUGAAGGAAAAGAAUUCAAAGUUUUAAAUAGAAUCGAAAUUGAUUUAUAAGAAAUAUUAAUUUCAACUCCUAUUUAAAGUUAUUCUAAGGAAUAAAUACAGCCGUGUUUAUUGAUAAUAGAUUAUUAGGAUGAAUCACCAGAUGCUCCUUUUACAGGAAAAAAUCCAAUUGAACUUUAGUAUAUUACUUAUUUAAUUUAUAGAUUUUCUAUUUCUAUGCCUUCGGAAUAAAGAAUAAAAAUUAUGAAAACACUUCAAUUAAGACAAGAAGCUUUCGAAUAAUAAAUUCGAUAGGAAAUAGAAAUCAGAAACUUAUUUAUUUAAUAAAUCAUUUAACCUUUUAAUGAAUUAAUUUAUAUCUCAGGUGAAGAUUUAAGAAAUAAAAAUGAUGCUGAUUCUUAAAGAUUUUCAUGCUCAGCAUGUAAAAUAUUUUGA